GCGAGUUUGAUUGGAGUUAAUAGCUAUAAUUUAUACUUUAUUUUAACAGCUACCCCCAAACGGCCAGCCGACUGCAACGAACAUGGCGAACGAACUAGAAGAAUUGCUGGGCUUUCUCUCGUCUCCAUCUCCCCCAGUUAAGAAGGCAGCCGUGGAUAUUGUUCGGGGAUUGACUGGGUCCGAGGAUGGCUUGCAAUCCCUUGCAAACUACUCUGAUAUUGUCAUACCAUCAUUGUCUCACCUUUUAGCUGAAAAAAAGGAGGUUGCGGAACCUGCAGCCGAGGCUCUCAUAAAUCUCUCACAAAAUUCAGAACUGGCAGCGAAAAUGGUUUCAAUGGGAAUGAUCAAAACAACAAUGGAUAUUCUAUAUAAGCAGGAGCCUGGCAUUACCCGCUUGCUUGUUAUGUUCCUUGUAAAUCUUACACAGUUGGACGCUGGUAUUGAUUCUUUGCUUCAGAUUGGAGAUGAGAAGAUGCAUGGCCUGUACGUCAUGAAGCUCGUGAGAUCAUUCUGUACGUCACCUAAUGAGAAGAAUGGUGAUCCUUUUGAACAUGUUGGUUCUAUACUUGUAAAUAUUUCAAAAAGGGAAGCAGGAAGGAAACUUCUAUUGGACCCUAAGCGAGGACUUUUGAAGCAAAUCAUUAGGCAAUUUGAUUCAACAAGUUCAUUGCGAAAGAAGGGGGUUUCUGGAACUAUUCGCAACUGCUGUUUUGAAGCUGAGAAUCAAAUACAGAAUUUGCUUUUGAUUUCAGAAUUUCUUUGGCCAGCUCUACUUCUGCCAGUUGCUGGAAACAAGAUUUAUAGUGAGCAAGACACAUCAAAGAUGCCACUUGAACUUGGGAGUGCACUGUCAUUUGAGCGUGAACCAGUGAAUGAUCCUGAAAUCCGUGUGCAAACACUUGAGGCUAUCUACUUGCUUGCUCUACAGGAGGCCGGUCGAAGAGCUCUUUGGUCUGUCAAUGGACCACGGCUACUGCAAAUUGGAUACGAGGACGAGGAAGAUCCAACGGUUAUGGAAGCAUAUGAACGAGUGGGCUCCCUGCUGGUUCAAAGCAACAACAGUGGAGAAGAUUCCACUCUAACAUCAAAAUAGGGUUAAUCUGGUUCUGCGUUCGUUUGAUUCGCUUGACAAGUUCUCUGCAUCAACCUGCCAAAUGCUCACUGCAAAAAGGCCGCUGCAACUUCUCGAGAUAUUUGAUGAUCUUUUAUUCAGCCUUUAAUCUGGCGACUGUUUCAAGUUGAUACUAGAUUAAUUUAUGACUUGUAAUCUGGAUCAUAUGAUCAUAUCCAUGUGGAGUGUCUUCUAUUUGUGGAAGAAAAAAUGUAAAAGAUCUCCAGGUUUGGUGUGUGAUAUUCUGUAUACAAUUUUUUUUCCCUCAUUAAAUUCCUUUUGCAUGUGAUACCAAUGUCUUGUAAACUUUGGUCCUAGUUUGAAUGCAUUGAUGUUUUGGAGUUUCCUGGGACA